AUGGAUGAAUCUACAGUUGAAAAACAUAUUACAGAUCAAUUGUAUGACAUAUUAUACCCACAAUAUAUAAUUGAUAAGAAAUUAUUAUAUAAUUGGCAAGGCGAAAUACAAGAUAAAUUUAAUGAUUUUAAUGAAUUUGUCAAUUAUUUAACAAGUGAGAUAAUUAUAAACUACAAUAAUUCAAAAAUAGAUACAAAGAAGUUACUCGACAUAAUUAAAUCUAAAGAAAUUGAUAAUCAAAAGUUUAAAAUUAUAAUAUAUGAAAUAGUUAUAAAUGUGAUAGAUUCAAAUAUUCCAUUAAAGUUAGGUCUAGUCGAUUUGGAUAUAUUGGAUUAUUUAGUUGAUGAGUUUUUAAAUCAUUUACUUUCAAUUAAUCAAGAAUCAAUUAUAGAUAAUUUGCAUGAACCUAUAAAUUUGUUAAAUCAGUACUUCAGAUUAAUUUUAUCAUUUAGUGAAUUAGGUUGUAAAAAUAAAAUAUUUAGAAAAUUAUUCAUACCUUUACUCAAUAGAAACGCAAAUGUUAUCAAUUUAGUCAUAUUACAACUUUUAAAUGAAAUGUUUCAAAGAUUGAAUUUUCCAUUCAUUUUAUUUUCCAAACAAUUUAAUUUCCCAUUCCAAAAUGAUUUAAAAAAUACAUUUACAAUAUACUCAUGGUUUAAAAUAAAUUUGAAAAAGAUUGAAGAAGAAGAAGAGGAAGAAAUUACAUUAUUCACCAUAUCUUGUUCAUUUCCUGAUUCAGAUACAACUCUACGAGUAAAAUUAAUUAAUGGACAAAAAUUUAUGAUUGAAAUCAAAAAUAAUGUUAAUGGUUCACGUAUACAAUUUACAUUCAAUCAAACACUAUCAUUAGAUAGUAAUUCAAAUCAAGGUUUUACACAAUUUGCAUUAACUUAUGAUAAUUUUACAAAUUUAAAUUUAUUUGUAAAUGGAGAAUAUUCUGAAUCAAUACCGUGCCCUGAUCUACAUAAAUUUUUCAAAAAAUGGAAUAAAAUUUCAAUAAAUGAUGAAAAAAUAAGUAAUGAAUUAACUAUUAGGAAUUUAACAUUAUUAAAUAUCAAUUUAAAUUUUGAAUGGAUUAAUUUAUUAUAUAAUUUAGGUAUUGUUUAUGAUUGGGAUUUUAAAGAGUUUAAUCAUGAUACUUUAAAACAUUUAUUAAAUCAAAUGAAUUAUCAAAAUUUAUUCACUACAUCUUCAAAAAUUAAUGACUAUGAGAUCCAAAAAGAUCUGAAGAAUCAAAAACGAACAAAUAGAAAGGAUAAAAAUUCACAAAUUGAAUUAAUGAAUAAAAAUUAUAUAAUUAAAUCAUUACAACAAAUUAAGAAUGAAAAUAUAUUAUUUGAUUCAAAUGAAUAUUUUCAGCAUUUAACAUUACAAAAUCAAAAAUCAACAACUUCGUUAAAAUUUCACAAUCCGAAUAACUUAUACCUGAUUUUUAAUUUAAUUGGUGGAUCUGCAAUCUUACUAAAGAUUUUAGAGAUUUCAUUAAGUACAAGGGAUUCAAAAUUGAGAGAUUUGAUAUUUUGCAAAUCAUUAAAUUUGUUACUUACUAUAUUAUCUAAUGAUUGGAGAUCAAAUAAAGAAUUUGAAAAUUUUAAUGGGUACGGUAUACUAUCUUUAUUACUCCAAAAAUAUAAAAUAUUAAAUCCGACAUUAAAAUUUGAUGUACUUGAUAUUGAAGAAGAUAAUGAUUUACUACAUAUGUUGUUAAAAUUUACUGGUCACAAUUAUGCAAAUCUUUACGAAUCAGCUAUAACUAAUUCAUUAUGUUAUAAAUUAAUUAUAUUAAAUUUUGAUUUAUUUUACAAAAGUAAAUCCUUUGAAUACUUACUUUUUCAAAUCCAAUUGUUAUUAACAAGUUCAAAGUAUAAAAAUUACAAUUAUUUAGAGCUAAAACAUAUGAGAUUACUUAAAAAAUUGAUACACUUUCUCAAAAGUAAUAAAGAUAAUUUGUCAAAAUCAACUAAAUUUCAAUUAUCACAAACUUUAGCAAGUAUACUCAAGUUAGAUACUUCAGUUGAAGCCAUCACUACAACUGCUUCAUAUGUAAUUUAUGCUUUAUACAACCCAGAAAGUUCUACCGAAUGUGGAGUAAUUGCAUUACAAGUAUUAACUGAUUGUUUAUGUGAUCCAAAUACACCAAUUAAAACAUUGAAGAAAUUUUCAAGAUCUGUUACAGUGCAUUGGAUUCUAUUAUUAUUUAAAUUUGAUCAUGAUCAAACGGUAGUUGGAUGUGGGAUUAAAUUAUUGACAAGAUUGUUGAAAAUCUUAGGAAGUCAUAUCAUUCGAAAGUUUUUUCAAAUUAAUCAUGGUUUAGAUAUUUUGACCCUGUUUUUAAAAGAUUGGUGGAAUAAUGAUGAGAUUUUAUGUCUAAUCUUUUUAGCAUCCUUUGGAAUAGAUGUGAGAUUUCCUGAUAGUAAAAAUUUGGUGGAAGUAGUUAAUUCAUUAGAUCAAUCAAGUCAAUUAAUUUUACCUGAAUUUAUUUUAUUGUUAAACAACCUAGUAUUAAAUUCAUUAAAUACAUUGAGUUUAGAAUCUGGAAAUUCAUUAGGUAGUAGUCCGUCUACUCCAAACAGAGAUAAUAAAGAAAAUGUUACAUUAACGUUAGAUGUCCUUCAUUUAAUAUAUCAACACACUGAAUCUUUAAAAGUAGGAUACGAAAGAAUCACAUCUUUACAUAAAUUAUAUCAAACAAAACCUUUUCUUGAAAGUUUAGUUGAGAUUCUCGGAUAUUUGAAAAUUUCAUUAACAUGGAGUAAUAAUCCUGAAGUUCAAAAGGAGUUAAAAUUGAGUUUUGAAAAUUUAUCAAAUGUAAUUGCUGGAUUUUAUAUUUCAAAUUUAUCAGAUGAUCAUUUUUUAAAUGCAUUUCAUGGAUUGAGUGACUUUACAAAAUUGACAUUAUUAGACUUGAUAUUUCCAAAAGUCAUAGAUCAUAUAAAUCAAUUUAUAAAUGUUACAAAUUUUGUAUUUAAUGAAAAACAAAUUGUGAAUAAUACAAUUCAAAUUUUAAAUUAUUAUAAUAAUGAUUUAAUUCAAAAAAAUUAUUGGAUUACUCAUGAUAAUUUAGAUAUAUUUAUCUUGUGCUCAAUUACUUUGAUUGAAAUCGGUGUUGGAAACACAACAAGUUUGAAAAGGAAUUUAGGUAAUAUUAUUGUAGCUAAAUUUUUAAAAUUAUCUUGUGAUUAUGAGUUUAUGCUCAAUGAAACAACUAAGAAUUUAAAUAAUAUAUUAAAAGAGUUGUUAUAUCGUCAAGUUACAGUUUUCAAUAGAGAAAUUUUGAAUAAUAAACAAAUUUCAGAUAUAAUUAAAGUUUUACUUGGAAUAUUUUUUAUUAAAGAUGAUUCACCAAAUACAGAAAUGCCAUUCAACUUUUUGAGAACUUGCUAUUUAAUUAGAGAUCAAGAUUUUAACGAGAUUAUACAAUUUUUAAAUGUUGAUAAUAAUUUAAUAAUAGAAUUUUUUAACAAUUUAGUAUCUAAAAAUGAUAGUGAGACAUUAUCAAGAUUAAAUAAAUACCCACCAUUUGUUAAAGAUAUCCUUAAAGAAUUCAACAAAACAAGAGAAUUGUUUUCAAAUACUGAACCUUCGAGAAUCUCAAGUAUGAUUAGCAUAACGUUAAAGAAUGGAGGUAAAUUAAGUCAAUUAAAUAACAUCUACAUUAAAAGUUUUGAAAAAGACUGUGAAUCAAUUAAGAUCUCGACUAUGAAUAAUGAAUUAACAAAAUAUAAUAGGUUAGUUCAAGAUAAUGAAGAAAGUAUUAAAUAUUGUAUUUCAAAUUAUCAUAGUUUAAAAUUUGAAAUUACAAGGUUAUUUGAUAAUAAUUAUCAUCCAAGUUAUAUGUUAGAUUAUAUUGAAAACUCGGAUCGUAUGAGAAAAAGAUUAAUUAUUGAAGAUCAAUUACCAGAAUCUGAAAAAUUAACAUAUAAUAUUGAAAUUCCAUUACAAAAAAUUGAUACAUUAAGUGAAUCAGAUUAUGAAUAUAUCAAUGGUGUCGAUACUUUAAGUUUGACUAAUGAUACAGGAGAUGAUGAUUAUGAAUUCAUUAAAAGAAAUGAUGAUGAUUUACCUGAUUUGGAAGAUAUUAACAAUUUUGAAGAUAAAAAUAGAAAAGUCAGUAGAAGUUUAUUUGUUGGUGAUCAAAUUGUUGCAUUAUGGAACAUAAGUCAAAUUAAUGGAUUAGUUCCUGUUGAAAGUUUGUUAAUCUUGGGUAUAAACCAUAUAUAUCUAAUUGAGAAUUACUUUUUAUCAAAAGAUGGUAAUGUUGUUGAUGUUGAUGAUGCACCACCCGAAUUAAGAGAUCCUGUUUUACAAUUGGUAAAUUCUCAAUCAAGCAAUAUUCUUAAAAAUAAUGAAAAAUCUCAUCGAAAUAAAAAUUGGAGCUUGGAAAAUUUGAGUUGUAUUUCAAAAAGACAAUUUUUAUUACGUGAUAAUGCAUUAGAAAUGUUUUUCAAAGAUGGUGCAAGUAUUUUAAUUACUUGUAUGUCACAAAAGGAAAGAGAUUUAAUUUAUUCCAAAUUAUAUUCAUUUGCUACUGGUAAAGGAAUUGAUUAUGAUUUAUCACAAGCAUUACAAGGUAAUAUGGAAAGCUUUUCUUCGAAAUUAGCUUCGGCUUUUACACAACCUUCAAGUUUAUUAAAUGCUACAAAAAGAUGGAAAAUGGGAGAAAUGUCAAAUUUUUAUUAUUUAAUGAUUAUUAAUACAUUAGCAGGUAGAACAUUUAAUGAUUUAACUCAAUAUCCUGUAUUUCCAUGGGUUAUAGCUGAUUAUACUAGUGAAACGUUAGAUUUAUCAAAUCCGAAAACAUUUAGAGAUUUAUCCAAACCAAUGGGUGGUCAAACUCCAAAUAGAGCAAAUCAAUUUCAUGAAAGAUUUGAAGCAUUAAAUUCAUUAGAUGAUGAUAAUUCUCCAGCUUUUCAUUAUGGUACUCAUUAUUCAUCUGCCAUGAUUGUUACUUCAUUUUUAAUUAGAUUAAAACCUUAUGUUCAAUCUUAUUUAUUAUUACAAGGAGGUAAGUUUGAUCAUGCUGAUAGAUUAUUUAAUCUGAUUGAAAAAGCAUGGUUUUCAGCUUCAAAAGAUAAUACAACAGAUGUAAGAGAAUUAACUCCUGAAUUUUAUUAUCUACCUGAAUUUUUAAUUAAUUCAAACAAUUUUGAAUUUGGAAAACUACAAAAUGGAAUCUCAUCAAAUAAUGUUGAAUUACCACCAUGGGCUAAAAAUGAUCCAAAGAUUUUCAUUGACAAGAAUAGAGAAGCAUUAGAAAGUCCUUACGUAUCUGCUAAUUUACAUUUAUGGAUUGAUUUAAUAUUUGGUUUUAAACAGGAUGGAAUUGAAGCAAUAAAUUCAUUAAAUGUAUUUCAUCAUUUACUGUAUAAUGGUGCAAUUAAUUUAGAUAAUAUUAAUGACGAGAUGGAAAAACGUGCAGUUAUAGGAAUGAUUAAUAAUUUUGGUCAAACACCAAAGAAAUUAUUUAAUAAACCACACGUUAUGAGAGAUGUUUUAAAUUUACCAAAUUAUUAUUUGACAAAAUUAUCCAAUAAAUCACAACCGUUAAAAUUAGUAUUUGAAUCAAAGAUUAAACAACCGAUUGUAAAAUUAGAAAUCAGCGCUAGGAAUAAUAAUAGAUGGGUUGGUCGACAAGCUUGCAUAUCAUGUGAAGAUGAGUUAUUAAUUAGAAAGUACAAGACUUCAAAUAGAUUUUUGAGUGGUUCUAUAGUUAUCAACGAUGUCAUUUUCUUAAAUAUUCAUUCUUGUGAUAUAACUACUUUAGUUCAAAUUGGUCAUAAAACAUUGGUUUCAGGAUCAGAUAACGGAAUGAUUUACGUUUGGAAAUGUGAGAUAAAACCAAAAAUCUCACUACAUUAUCAAGCAGUACUAAGAGGACAUUUAUGUGGAAUUUCAAAAUUCGUAUAUAGCAAAAGCUUCAAAAGUGGUGUUAGUUUAGAUUAUGAUGGAAUUGUAAUUAUUUGGGAUUUAACUAGAUACAAAUUUAUUAAGAAGAUCAUACCAACUGAAAGACCAAAAGAAUCCUUAAUUGCAAUUUCAAAUGAUUCAGGAAAUAUUGCAAUUUUACAUACUUAUGAAACUACAAUACAAUUACAAAUAUUUACAAUCAACGGUGAGAUAAUUAUUGAAAAAUCAAUGGAUGUAUCUCCUAGUGUAAUUGGAUUUGGAUCUUCAAAUUUAUUAAUUGUGGAGAAUAACAAAUCACCAACCUUAAACAAUCACAUAUUUUGGAGUAAUGAAAUUUUUGCAAUAGCUAAGAACAAGACUUUAGAGUUGUGGGAAUUGACAGCUGAUUCAGAAAAAGGUUGGAUUUUAAAAGAAUUAGAAAGUAUCGUUUUAUCAAAUGAAUUAUCUGGUGAUAUUACUUCUUUUGAGAUUUUUAAAACUUCAGAGAUUGAUGGUGAAGAUAAUUUAACUAGAGGUGUUUUGAAACUUGUAAUCGGUGACUCAAAAGGUAAAGUGUAUACUCUAUAA